GAAUUUAUAAUAAAAAAAAUCAAAAACAAUUAUAAUAAUGGCGAUUGAAGUUUGAAAGUACAUGUGAUGUAUGUGAUGUGAUGAAUGCUGCUGAUGAUGAUGAUCUGCAGCGAGGAGGUGCCUAUUAAAUGGCGAUGGCUUCCGGUGCUGGAGCUUCCCCUUUUGGUGCUCUUUAUGGACGCAGUGGAUGGUAGGCGGCGGGAAUUCACCUGAUUAUGGCCGGCGGAGGAGGAUCCGACAAGGAGGAGGACUGGCCGGAGCCUCCGGUUGCUAACGUCAGCCUUGUGGAUGCGCCUGUUCUCUUCUUUGUGGCAACACAUAAGGCAUUUCGUGCGGAUCUCGCUUCCAUCCGUCGCGUGGCGGCGGAGGCUUCCGAGAGUGGUAGCUGCGGGCAGGAACUUGUGGUUGACCUUAGGCGACGGUUGGAGUUCUUGAAGCUUGUUUAUAAUUACCACUCUGCUGCUGAAGAUGAGGUUAUCUUCCUCGCUAUAGACACACUAAUAAAGAAUGUGGUGCCAGCAUAUACUCUUGAGCAUAAAUCCAUAGAGGAGAAUUUCAGCUCCAUCUUCCAUCAUCUGGAUCUCUUAACAAAGAAAGACGAAAAAGCCCCUCAGAUGUUUCAAGAGCUUCUUUUUUCUAUAGGUACCAUCCAGUCUAUGAUUUGCCAUCACAUGCAGAAGGAAGAGGAGCAGGUUUUCCCCAUGCUGAUGGAGAAAUUUACUUCCGAAGAACAGUCUCAGCUUGUUUGGCAGUAUAUGUGCAGUGUUCCCUUCAUGCUGCUGGAAGACUUUUUUCCUUGGACCGCUCACCACCUCUCUUCUCAUGAGAAACUUGAUCUUGAACACUGCAUAAGGCUUAUCAUGCCCAAAGAAAUGCUACUUCAAGAGGUGGUCAUUUCCUGGAUUCAAUCCAAGGAAAGAUGUUUUGAUGCUGAUAAUAUAUACGGACGAGGAUACCAACUUUUAAAUGGACUUUCCAGUUUAGAGGAUAUACAUGUAGUAUGUCCACUUGAAGUUCAUUGUGAGCAAGAGCAGCAAGUCAAGAAAGAGGUCCAUACCAAGGGCAUCUAUCUUUGGCAUGCUGCCAUAAGAAGAGAUUUUGAUCAGAUUAUAGAGGAAUUAUAUCAAAUAAGAAGCUCAAGCUGUUUUUCCAGCUUAUCCUCAACACUUUCUCAGAUAAAAUUCAUGGCAGAUGUUGUAAUCUUCUACAGCAAUCAUCUAAGAAAAGUAUUAUACCCAUUGCCGAAUCUUCUUUCCAAGAAUAGCCCUUUUUCUUGUCAACCGCUCAUUGAGGAGUGCCACAUUAAAGGUCUUCAAAGGCUGCUUUUUCAGGAAUAUGAAGAUUCCGGAAAACAAAGUUUUGUAGAAAUCCUUUAUGAGGAUUUGAAAUCCCUCACAAGGAAGCUCAACAAAAACCUGAUGUUUCUUGAAACUGAGGUUUUCCCAUCAAUUUAUGAGAUUUGUACGAAGGAAAUGCAGAUGUGGUUACUAUAUGCAAGCCUGCGUAUGAUGCCUCUUGGGCUGCUAAGGUGCAUGAUGGCUUGGUUCUCUGCUCAGUUAAAUGAGAAUCAGUCUGAGUGUAUUCUAAAGGGAUUGAAGCUUGGAUGUCGCUCAAUCAAUUACUCUUUUACAUCUCUACUCUACGAAUGGGUCCGCAUUGGUUGUUCUGGGAAAACCUCAGUUGAGAGAUUUCGAAAAAAUCUAGAAGAAGUAUUUAAUGGUAGAAGCAUUUACUUGGCUGACCGGUAUAUGCCAAAUGUUAGAUUCUCGGACCAGAAGCGCAAACCAAACUCGGAAAUUAGGGCAAAAGAAUCUGUCGUGAUGCCCUCAUCUUCUGUCUUCAUCACAACUGAAGAGCAUGGCAUAUCUUAUCCCAGUGGGAUGCAUCUGCACGUAUACUUUUCUCAGAUGUAUGAAAGAAUGCCACACCUUCAGAGAAGUAAGUCAGAAUCCGAUCACACAACUGUACUCAACCUUGAGUCGAGACCUAUGGAUAUCAUCUAUUAUUUCCACAGAGCUCUCAUAAAAGAUAUGGAAUAUCUCGUCAAAUUAUCAGCUGAUCUUGCUAUGAAUGUUGGAUUUCUUGCUGAGUUUGAGAAGCGUUUCAGACUUUUGAAUAUCAUCUAUCAAAUCCAUAGUGACUCAGAGGAUGAAAUUGCUUUUCCAGCUCUAGAAUCAAAAGGUGUAUUUCAGAACAUAAGCCACUCUUAUUGCAUUGACCAUAAAUUGGAAAGCAAACAUUUUAAGAUAAUAUCCAUUAUCCUAAACGAGUUAUCUGAGUUGCAUAAUAAGGAAAGUGGUCAAGAGACUAAGCGAAAACACUACCAGUUGUGUUUAGAGCUCCAUGAUGCGUGCUUGUCUAUGCAUAAAGUACUCUCUGAUCAUAUAUACCGUGAAGAAGUUGAUAUAUUCCCCUUGUUCAGAGGAUACUUUUCCACUGAAGAAGAAGAAAAGAUUGUUGGCCAUAUGCUUGGGAGAACAAAAGCAGAAGUUCUUCAAGAAAUGAUAUCCUGGCUCAUGGCUUAUCUAGCACCCGAUGAACAACAUGCAGUGAUAUCCUUAUGGCUCAAGGUUGCAAGAUUUACAAAGUUUGAUGAAUGGUUACAAGAGUGGUGGGAAGGGAUGACAAGAUAUAAAAUAUCCACACCAGCAGAGGGAUCAAGGCCUUCUCCUCUGUUAGCUGCUGACCCCCUCGAAGUUGUUGCGUCAUAUCUGCUGAAAGAUGGAAAUAUAGCUCAAACACUUGAGCCUGAUACAAGAACACAAAAAGAAUUUGCGUUGGAUUUGGAUGAGUUAAAACAUAGUGCAUCCUGCAACACUGAUACCGACCAAGAUCAAGAUAGAUACCAACCUCAAGAUUUAAGCCAACAUUGGAAUGAAAUUGACAAGAAGAGAUCAAAUGAAGUGAAUGAAAGAUGUAUUGAUGGUGGGGAGCAACAUGAAGAAGAAUGCCAAAAGUUUAGUCAUAAGGAUCAUCCCUUAGGCAUGAACCAGGAACAGCUUGAAGCUACAAUAAGAAGAGUUUCCCGCGAUUCUAGUUUGGAUGGUAAAAAAAAAUCAUGUAUAAUUCAGAAUUUGCUAACGAGUCGUUGGAUCAUGACACAGAAGAUGUUUCAUCAAGAGAUUCCUAUGGCGAAUCAUAUUGGAGAGAUUCCAGGGCAAAGCCCCUCAUAUCAAGACCCUCUUGAAUCAACUUUUGGUUGUGAGCACUACAAAAGGAACUGCAAGCUUCUUUUCCCAUGCUGCAACAAGCUUUACACGUGCAUACGCUGUCACGAUGACUUAAAUGAUCAUUCUGCAGACAGGAGAACUAUAACAAAUAUGAUGUGCAUGCAAUGCCUCGUAAUUCAACCAAUUGAUCCAACUUGUUCAAAUGAAACUUGCAGUGGCUUCUCCAUGGGAACAUAUUAUUGCAAGAUAUGCAAAUUGUUCGAUAAUGACAGGCAAAUAUACCACUGCCCUUACUGCAAUUUGUGCCGAGUUGGCAAGGGUUUAGGCAUUGAUUACUUUCAUUGUAUGACAUGCAACGCUUGCAUGUCAAGGUCUCUCUUUGUGCAUGCAUGUAGAGAGAAAUGCCUGGAGGACAACUGCCCAAUUUGCCAUGAGUACAUAUUCACAUCAAACUCUCCGGUGAAGUCACUUCCUUGUGGACAUUUGAUGCAUUCAGCUUGUUUUCAGGAUUACACUUGCUCUCACUAUAUUUGUCCCAUCUGCAGCAAAACUCUAGGAGACAUGCAGGUAUAUUUUAGCAUGUUAGAUGCUUUGUUAGCUGAAGAGAAAAUUCCAGAAGAGUAUUCUGGACAACUACAGACCAUCCUAUGCAAUGACUGUGAGAAAAAAGGAACCGCACGCUUUCAUUGGCUAUACCACAAGUGCCCGUAUUGUGGAUCCUACAACACAAGGCUUCUGUGACACAAAUUCUUGGGAAGUUGAGACUCCUUAAAAGCACCGCGUACAUAGUCCUGUACCAUUCAUGCAAUUGGUAUGAAACAGUUGCAUAUUUCAGUAGGCAAGCCUACUUUUAUUUAAUUAUUUUCCAUUUCUCCAUCUAUAGGAGAAGUUUUUUAGAUGCAAGCUAUUGCCAAGUUGUCAGCUCUUAUUAAUCUUGAUCUGUAAAUGAGUUAGCUUCUGUUACAGAUGCAUUAAUAACAUGCAAGGAAGAAAUGUUAUAAUGAGAAUCUUCCUUUCCACUAUUUGUUUCUGUUUUGAAGUUCAAUAGCAAUACUUUAAACUCUA